AGCAUCAACAUAUUCCUUUCUUUAAGAAGACCAAAACCAACAGCCAAGAAAAGAAUCUACUAACCAUGAGGCCUGGAAUAAUUGAUGAAGCAAUUUCAUUUUUGUUCUUCUUCUUCUAAAUGAUUUCACAGUAUCUGGGAGUUGGAAAGAAAGAGAGAUGGAAAUUCAACAUGUCUUCCAUCCCCAUAAUUUGGUCUUCAUCGAAGAUCACGGUAUUGCAAGCAAAGCAGCUCAUUGCUUUAUGUGUGAUAAACCUGUAGAGGACUGGAGCUACUACAGCUGCAAUCAAUGUGAGUCUCAUCUUCAUAAGAGAUGUGCUGAAGCGGCCCGUAAGAUUUGGCACCCUUUCCACCCCAAACACCCUCUCACUCUUUUGCCAAAAUCACCUUAUUCUGAGGGGCGCGGAAUUUGCGAUUUUUGUGGCAAGGCAUUUCGUAGAUUUGUUUAUAAUUGUCAUGAUUGUAAGUUCGAUCUGCACAUCAAUUGUGCUUUGCUUCAAUCAUCCAUUGCUGCAAAUUUUCCUAAUUCUUUGCACCCCCAUCCAUUGUUCUUCGUUCAAAACCAUAACAACGAAGUCGAGUCUGAUUGCUCCGGAUGUCAAAAACCAAUAUCUGGUCCAUUUUACCACUGUUCAUAUUGCACUUAUCCUACAUUGUUUAACCUUCACAAGGAAUGUGCUGAACUACCCCUUGAGAUUAAUCACCCCUGCCAUCGUAAGCAUCCUCUUACUCUCUUGCCACAACCACCUUCUCAUCCCCAGAAAUGUGGUUGCUCUUGUGCAGAAUCCAAUGGAAGGGAUUUGUUUAUUCCUGCUCUCUUUGCAACUUUGAACUUUUGCUGGAUGAUCUCUUUUCACGACCACCACUCACCGAUGCAAGUCAUGAACACCAGUGGAUGCCUAUAUUAAGAAAAAUGUCAUUCAUUUGUGAUUUUUGUGGCACUGCCGGAGAAAAAUUCCCCUAUUUCUGUGCUGCAUGUCACGUCUUUGUCCACAAGAAUUGCAUUUCAUU